UUCUCCUUACUCCACGAUUCGAACGAUUAUCCCGCGACGCUCUGCACGCCCUCCACGACCGGCUUCGACACCCUUCCUCCUACCCACCUUACCUUGCCACCGUCUACCGUCGGGUGCCGCCCAAUUCUCUCGAUCUCUCCAGGAGAUAAUCCCGUCCAAAGGGUAAAGAGGGGGCACCAUACACCAUGGCCGAUUUAGGGGGUCAGCAAGGCCGGAACUACCGGCCCUACGGCCAUCCCUCCGCCUUCCAGCGUGAUGCAGCGUAUUCCGAGAUCUUUGGCGGAGCACCGCCACCUGGACGCUCUCAAACGAUGACCUCCCAGACUCCCCAGUUCUCCCAGGAUCGGGCUCAUACAAUGUCCUCACACGUGCCGCACCCGCAAAUGCAGAGGGGCCCGCCACCUCCCGCACGCCAGAUGCAGAAUGGUUAUGCACAGGGGACUCCGAACGGUUACUACCAACCAUAUGCCGGAAGCGCAGCGACAAUGACCUCUCAACACCCUUCGCAGCAGGCCCCGCGACCAUACCCCGGGCGCUUUGCUUACCCCCAGCCUCAGCGGUUGGACUCAUCGAACCCUGGGCCUCAGUAUCCGGAUGCGAAGGGUUUUGCUCGGCCGAUACCCCACCCCGCCUUGAACUCGGAUGCUUCCAGGUCACGGUCAAUGGCAAGAAUGGGAGGACCACCGACCUUCCAGCCGCAAACUAGUGGCUUGAAUCACACGUCUGCGAAGUUCUCCCGCGAGCGCCCGUAUAACGCGGCAGCCCCGAUGACAGCCCAGGGGCGAGUUGUGCCGGAAAGACCUCACGACCAGCGCACUAUGUCGUUGACCACAUACUCUACGGAUCGAGAGCAUGCCCAUACGACAAGCAAUGGAGGGCGAGUGAUUCCGAAUAGGAGACAACCCUCCGGUCCAAGCCCACCCCCAGCAAACUCGUACCCUGUGGACGCGCCGCCCGCUCCCAAAACCAGCGGAAGAGGUCGGCCCCCGAGUGACGGUUCCACGAAUUCACGCUCUAUGUCGAUGGCAUCAACGGUGGCACCAGAUCGUACUAUGAGCAUGCAGAGCACAAUCGCACCAAAGACAAGCAACCAAACGACUCUUGUCGCCAGCAAUUCUCGUCGGAGUAAGGUCCCGCUAGUUUACCCGGCUCUGCUGUCACGAGUUGCAGAUGUCUUCCGUGAGAGGAUUGCGCUCGGGGAACGGCAGAAGAACGGAUUGUCAUAUCAGAAUGCUUUCACCGGUGCGGAGGCGGUGGACUUGAUCGGGUACAUCAUCAAGACCUUGGACCGAAACUUGGCUCUUCUGCUGGGACGCGCUUUGGAUGCGCAGAAGUUCUUCCACGAUGUGACCUAUGAUCACCGUCUGCGUGAUGCGCCCGGUGAGCUCUACCAGUUCAAAGAGACUAUGGGAGAGGAAGCGCCCAGCUCGGAGGUGAAUGGAGUUUUCACGCUAUUGACUGAAUGUUACUCGCCCACGUGCACUCGCGACAGUCUUUGCUACUCAAUCGCUUGCCCCAGAAGGUUGGAGCAGCAGGCUAGGUUGAACCUGAAGCCGCAGCCGGGACUGCGUUUGUCUGCUUCUAAGGGCAGUCUGCACGGGGACGACGAUAAUGACAACCAAAAGCUGUGGAUCAACAUGGUUCCUAAGGAGAUCUCUGAUGGUAUUGACGACCGCGAAAAGAAACGCCAGGAAAUCAUCUUUGAGAUUAUGUACACGGAACGUGACUUUGUGAAGGACCUGGAAUACCUGCGAGACUUCUGGAUGAGGCCGCUGCGUUCUGCGGGCAACACCAAUCUUUCCCCAAUCCCGGAACAUCGACGCGAAAAGUUUAUCCGCACGGUGUUUGGAAACUGCUUGGAGGUCUUGAAGGUCAACGGUGCAUUGUGCGAGGCCCUCAACGCGAGGCAGAAAGAGAGCCACGUCGUAAGGACCGUCGGUGAUAUCUUCCUGCAACACGUGCCACGUUUUGAUCCUUUCAUCAAGUACGGUGCCAACCAGUUAUACGGCAAGUACGAGUUUGAAAAGGAAAAAGCUUCGAAUCCAGCAUUUGCAAGAUUUGUUGAAGAGACGGAGCGCCUCAAAGAGUCCCGGAAGCUGGAACUCAACGGAUACCUGACCAAACCAACCACUCGUCUAGCAAGAUACCCCUUGCUGCUGGAACAGGUUGCGAAGAACACAGCGGACGACAAUCCCGAUAAGCAGGAUAUCUCGAACGCAGUCAAGUUGAUCAAGGAUUUCCUGUCCCGCGUCAAUACCGAGAGCGGAAGAGCCGAGAACCACUUCAACCUAGUGCAACUUGAUUCGGCGUUGAAGUUCGGCCCGGGUGACUUUGUCGAUUUGAAGCUCACGGAAGAGAACCGCCAGAUGCUGACGAAGAUGGCGUUCAAGAAGACCCCCACCGACAGCUCCGAGGUCACUGCGUAUCUGUUCGAUCAUGCAGUUCUCCUGGUGAGAAUCAAGGUUGUGAACAAGCGUGAAGAGUAUCGCGUCUAUCGCAAGCCAAUCCCUCUGGAGCUUCUAGUCAUUGCUCAGAUGGAAGAAGUGGUCCCGAGGGUGGGCAUCGCCAAGCGGCCUUCCUCCAGUCUACUUUCUAAUAAGGUUGCCGCCAACCCCCCUUCUACCAAAGAUGGACUUCCCAUCACUUUCCGACAUCUCGGCAAGGGUGGUUACGAACAGACUUUGUACGCCACUUCCCCGACGCAGCGGAGAAAGUUCAUCGAAAUGGUCCAGGAACAGCAGAGCAAGCUCAGAGAGCGGAAUAGCAAUUUCUACAACAAGACUGUUCUCUGCGAGAACUUCUUCACUUCCGUCAAUCGGGUGAACUGCCUUGUUCCAGUUGAUGGUGGCAGAAAGCUGGUGUAUGGUACAGACAGCGGCAUCUACAUCUCUGACCGAUGGCCCAAGGAUAAGUCUGCCAAACCCAGAAGGGUUCUGGAUGUCAGUCAGGUUACCCAGAUGGAUACUCUGGAGGAGUAUCAACUACUCUUGGUCUUGUCGAACAAAACAUUGUCAUCGUACCCCAUGGAGGCUCUUGAGAUAACCGAGGGUCAAAACACGAUGGCCAAGCGGCCUAAGAAGAUCCAGGGGCACGCAAACUUCUUCAAGGCUGGCAUCGGGCUCGGUCGCCACCUGGUGUGUUCUGUCAAGACCUCUGCUCUGUCGACGACUAUCAAAGUUUAUGAGCCCAUGGACAAUUUGGCGAAGGGCAAGAAGAAGUCUGCCGUUAGUAAGAUGUUCCAGAGUGGUCAGGAUAGUCUGAAACUCUUCAAGGAAUUCUACAUCCCCGCAGAAUCCUCUUCGAUCCACUUCCUCCGUUCAACCCUCUGUGUUGGCUGUGCACGUGGUUUCGAGGUCGUCAGUCUUGAGACCACGGAGACGCAGUCCCUUCUGGAUCAGGCAGACACCUCCCUCGAUUUUGUUGCGCGCAAGGAGAACGUAAAGCCGAUCCAUAUCGAACGGAUGAACGGAGAGUUUCUUCUCAACUACAGUGACUUUUCAUUCUUCGUGAAUCGCAACGGUUGGCGUGCCCGCCCCGAUUGGAGGAUAUCCUGGGAGGGUAACCCGAACGCAUUCGCACUCUCCUACCCUUACAUACUUGCAUUUGAGCCGAACUUCAUCGAAAUCCGGCACAUUGAAACGAGCGAGCUGGUCCACAUCAUGACCGGAAAGAACAUUCGCAUGUUGCAUACUUCCACCCGAGAGGUGAGUUUUCUCGGAUCCACGGACAUCCUUUAUCUACUAUGCUAACGCGGAACCAGAUUCUUUAUGCCUACGAAGACGAAUCGGGUGAAGACGUGGUGGCCAGUUUGGAUUUCUGGAACAAGCCGCAGCAACACUAGGCUAAUCGCGAUAGGCAGAUGAUACGAGAAAUGGCUCCUGUUCCUUCAGUACUUUUGACUCACUUAGAAUGGCCCCUUUGA